UGUUGGCCCUUCAGAGUUUCCAGUCAUCCCGCCCCUCUCUGCGCUACGUCAGCACUCAGAUUCAAACAUGGCGGUGCCCAUAGCCAAGUGCCUGGCAGCUUAUGCCUAUUUAUUACUAAUAUCUUUAAUAUUUCCGCACGCUUUCGCUGACAAUGCUUCCGAGGACUCGCCGCACCGGCGCUUUGAGUAUAAAUACAGUUUCAAAGGGCCACAUCUGACACAGAGUGAUGGAAGUAUCCCAUUCUGGAUUCAUACUGGGAAUGCCAUUCCUAGUUCAGAUCAGAUCCGAAUCACCCCCUCUCUGCGAAGCCAGAAGGGUUCGGUAUGGACAAAAAACCCUGUAAGUUUUGAACACUGGGAAGCUGAAGUGGCAUUCCGUGUGUCCGGACGAGGACGAAUGGGAGCAGAUGGAUUGGCCAUAUGGUUCACGGCCAGUCCAGGUCUGGAGGGUCCUGUGUACGGGGCUGCUGAUCAGUGGAACGGCGUGGGAAUAUUCUUUGAUUCUUUUGAUAAUGAUGGAAAGAAAAACAACCCUGCUGUCCUGGUGGUGGGUAACAAUGGAAAACUUAUUUUUGACCAUCAAAAUGAUGGCACAACCCAGUCUCUGGGUACAUGUCUUAGAGACUUUAGAAAUAAACCUUACCCUGUACGUGCCAAAAUUGCCUACUACAAGAAAACUUUAUUGGUUUUCAUCAAUAACGGCUUCACUCCUGAUAAAGAUGAUUAUGAGUUCUGCACCAAAGUAGAAAACAUGAUCAUUCCUGAGAAUGGUUAUUUUGGCAUCUCUGCGGCCACCGGAGGACUUGCAGAUGACCAUGACGUUCUGUCAUUUUUGCUGUUCAGACUUACCGAGCCUGGGCAGAAUCUGCCUCCCCCAGAAAAAGAGAUUCCCAAAGAGGAGAAGGACAAGUACCAGGAGGAAUUUGAGAAUUUCCAACAAGAGCUGGACAAAAGGAAAGAGGAGUUUCAGAAAGAGCACCCUGAUGUCCAGGGGCAGCCCAUUGAGGACCUGUUUGAAAGCGUUAACGACCGGGAAAUCCGUCAGGUGUUUGAGGGGCAGAAUCAAAUACACCUGGAAAUCAAGCAGCUGAACAGGCAGCUGGCCAUGAUUCUGGACGAACAACGGCGCUAUGUGUCAGUCAUCACAGAGGAGAUCUCCAAACGCUCUUCACAAGCACAGUCAGGACAGGCUCCCAAUCAUGAAAUGGACACCAUUAUUAAUACACAACAGGAGGUUUUGAGGAACCUUAAUGAAAAUCCUGCAGAGAAGGUGAAAUGUCCUGAACUUCCUCCUUUACCCACCUGCCUCUCUACCACACACUUUGUGAUCUUCAUCGUCAUUCAAUCCCUCCUCUUCUUCGGCUACAUUAUGUACAAGAGUCAGCAGGAAGCAGCAGCUAAGAAGUUUUUUUGAUGAUUCAUAGCUCUUGGUAAACACAGCACAACAUGUAAAUUGUCCAUUUGUUUUGUUCAUUUCCAGUUUGUUUGUUUUCUGUUUGCAAACUGUAAAUUAUUAUACUUGAAAACUGAAGUAUUUUGUUUGAGAUUAUUAUUUUUUUUGUUUUAAUUCUUGAUUUUUAAUUUGAUCAGAGUUGUACAGG